AUGGCCCCCACCAACAGCACCGAGCUGCAGUCGCUCCUGGUCGCUCUCCUGCAGCACUGCUUCAACAGCUCCGGCCUCCUGUUGCCCUCCCCGCCUCAGAACUACACCUCCCAUCAUGCCUCACAGCAGUCGGGGGCGGAGCCUCAGGGGGUUCUGUACGUCCUGCUGGUGGUGGGGAUGUUCAGCUUCUUCACCUUUGGCAUCAUGUUCAGCUUCAUCCGCUCCAAGAAGCUGGAGAACUCCCAGGACCCGUUCCAUCAGUACAUCGCCCACGACUGGACCGCCGCGGUGCCGGCGCCGUCCAGAGCCGUAGCCGAGGCCCUGCAGAGGGGGGCAGGGGGCGGCGGGGCCCGAAGCAAGGAGCCUGUGGUCAUCUGCAACCCUGCGGCCCUGCAGCUGGACGGGCAAUGAU